AGGUUGACAAAGUUAGGUUAUGUUUUUAUUUAUUUUGCUUUUGACUUUUAAAGAAUAUUUAAAUGUAAAACAAAUUUGAACAUGUCAAAGAAAGGAGUGAGCGCCGAAGAAAAGCGAGAUCGCAUGUUGCAACUAUUUUACGAAAGAGGCGAAUGCUUUCAACUCAAAGAAUUGGAAAAACUAGCGCCUAAAGCUAAAGGUAUAGUAGCCAAUUCCGUUAAAAUCGUCUUAGAACAACUAGUCGAAGAUGGAUUAGUUGACACAGAUAAAAUAGGCACAUCGGUGUAUUUUUGGGCAUUUCCAAGUAAGGGUGUAACUGCCCGAAAGAAACAACUAGAAGAUUUGAAGCAAGAGCAUGAAAAACUGGUUCAGAAACUCAAAGUUGUUGAUGAAGCCUUAGAAGCCUCCAAAGGAGAAGAAGAUAAUGAAGAAAAGUGUAAAAAGGUGUUGGAAGAAAUCAGUGAUAAGGAAUUAGAGCUUAGAAGUUUACAAAAAGACUUGAAAGAUCAUGAAGAAAACGACCCUGAAAAGUUCGAAGAGAUGAUCAAGAAAACAGCCGAACUAAAAGAUGCUGCCAACAGAUGGACUGAUAACAUAUUUGCAAUUAAAUCGUGGUGCAAGAAGAAGUUUAUGCUGGAAGACAGUGUGUUAAAUAAACAAUUUGGGCUUCCCGAAGAUUUCGAUUAUGUUGAAUAAGAAAUGUAGAUAAGAACCUUUUAUAUUUUUGUAGAUAAAGAAACUCUCAAUGAACAUUUAUAUUUUUAUAAAUAAAAUAAGUGAAAUACAGUA